CAAACUAGAGGCUAUCAGCAUGACAAAGGACCAGAAUGGAACCUGGGAGAUGGAGAGUAAUGACAAUUUUGAAGGCUACAUGAAGGCCUUGGAUAUCGAUUUUGCCACCCGCAAGAUUGCAGUUCGUCUGUCUCAGACCAAGAUCAUUGUUCAAGACGGUAACAACUUCAAGACAAAAACCAACAGCACCUUCCGGAACUACGACUUGGAUUUCACUGUCGGGGUAGAGUUUGAUGAGCACACAAAGGGCCUGGACAACCGGAACGUCAAGUCUCUGGUCACCUGGGAAGGCGAGACCCUCGUGUGCGUGCAGAAGGGGGAGAAGGAGAACCGAGGCUGGAAGCAGUGGGUUGAGGGAGACAAACUGUACCUGGAGCUGACCUGUGGUAACCAGAUGUGCCGCCAAGUGUUCAAAAGGAAGUGAAG